UGUGGGGUGUUUCUUUUUUUUUCUUCUUCUAUUUUUUUGGCAAUAAUGAUGAGGCUCCACUGAGGGAGCACUGAGUCGUGACACGGAUGAGAUCAGUUGGCGUUUGGAGACGCUUCAGCUGGACAGGGACAAUAACUGAGACCUGUUUGCAAUGAGGCUAACUCAUCACGAAUCCGUUUUCCACGUACCUCGAGCUACCACCACACGGUUCCUGGAUGGACCUGGGCGAGCACAGCUGGUCCACAGUCAAGCGUGAAGUGUCCAGUAACCCAGGCUCGCCGAGGGAGCAGAGCUGCGUUCACGGCGAGCGCAGGGACGAGUUGAGGACAUCACCCCUGGACGCAGCGGGGAGUCGGCGCGCAGACACGCGGCCGCUGCCCUCCUACGCCGCCUUCGGCCACCCGGUGUGUACGGACGACGUGCCGCUAUUCGCGGACCUGGACCAGGCCGCUAAGCUUGGCGUGCACAAAACCGGGAUCGUGGUGGACCCUGGCGACAUGUACUCGACGCUAGCAGCCUACGAGUCGCCGUCGGCAGCUUACAUGCACUCCAGUCCCAACUCGCCGGUAUACGUUCCGACCUCGCGAGUUGGGCCAAUGAUCCCGAGUCUGCCUUACCUGCAGCCGAGCGCGGCGGCGUCACAACCGAGCCACGCAGUCAGCAGCCACGCCGGAUGGUCUCAACCCGCACCCGAGAGCCCGUCGUCCUACAGCACCGGGAGCCCACACGCCACCUCUACACGCUUUCACUACUCACCAAGCCCGCCCGUGAACAACGGCACGGCCAGGGACUCGAGCUACCCGACCUCGCUGAACGCCAGCGGCAGGGAUCAGUACCUGUCACGGCCCCUUACCGGCUCCUACACCGGGCCGUACGCGCCCUAUAUGGGAGCGCAGCUUCCCCAGUUACCCACCGCGUGGCCCGCGGGACCCUUCGAUAACUCCAUGCUGCAUUCAUUACAGAGCCGAGCAGCGCCUCUCACCAUCAGACCCGGACCUGCAGACUACCUUGAGGACGCGAUGGAGAGUCGGGAGUGCGUGAACUGCGGCUCCAUCUCCACCCCGCUGUGGAGGCGCGACGGCACCGGUCACUUUCUCUGCAACGCCUGCGGUCUGUACAGCAAAAUGAACGGUCUGAGCCGACCAUUAAUUAAGCCGCAGAAGCGCAUGUCGUCUUCCAGAAGAGUCGGUCUUUCCUGUGCAAACUGCCAGACCAGCACGACGACCCUGUGGCGCAGAAACGCAGAGGGGGAACCGGUGUGCAACGCAUGCGGACUCUACACCAAAUUACACGGGGUACCACGACCCCUGGCUAUGAAGAAAGAAGGAAUUCAGACGAGAAAAAGAAAACCGAAAAACUUGAACAAAACCAAGGGAUCGUCAGCAGGAAGCAGCUCUGUCCCUGUGACUCCAACAUCAUCAUCAUCAUCUUCUGCCUCAGAAGAGAACUCGAAGAACAGUCCUUCUUCUGCACAUGUGGCCGUGACCUCAGUGAACUCCUCCGAUUUGGUGGGACAUAUAGAAGCUCCAGGCACCACAGGCUCCAUAGUGAAGUACCCUGGCCAGGAGGGUCUGUAUUCUAACGUGGGAUUAAUGACCACCGGGGACGUGUCUGCGUCUGUACGGGGUGACACGUGGUGUCCCAUGGCUCUGGCCUGACACUGACCUGUGAGGGAUUAAAAAGCUCCUCAUCGCUUUACUCCACCUCCAUCUCCACAUCAUCCCUGACAUUCGUUUGUAAAAUGGCUGCUUUCAUAACGGGACUGUAGUCGCCCUGAGAGAGAAAACAAAACAACAACAAAAUAAAUAAUCUGUGCUCACGACUUUUCUUCAGCUUUGGAGAGCUUGUGCAAAAAAAAAAAAAAAACCCUACUACUCCAGUUUUUUUUUUUUGGAAAUACACUCUCUGGAUGGUGAUAAUGAAGACUACAAGCGUUAAUCCACAACGUGCCUUUGGAACUUUUUGCUGAAAUACACACUGCACUACACUGAGUGUCGCUCCGAGGAGGACAUGGAUCAAAAACGGCUUUUCCGCGCUGGCGAGCGCUUGCGCAUGUGUGUGUGUGUGUGUGUGUGUGUGUGUGUGUGUGUGUGUGUGUGUGUGUGUGUGUGUGUGUGUGUGUGUGUGUGUGUGUGUGUGUGUGUGUGCGUGCGUGUGGCCAUAUAUAUAUAUAUGUAUAUAUAAAACUGCUACUGGAUAUUUUUUCCCUCUUGGAAAAAGAAAAAUGAUUGGAUUGCGUCUGAAAUGAUCAGAAGAUAAAAUAUUUUCUUUUUCUAGGUUUAACGGAAAGAGUUGUUUUUUUUUAUGUUAAAAUUUGAAAUCGUUAAAACUGGAAUUAAAGAUUGUGCCAACCCCAACACCUGCUCCUAAGAAACAAACAAACAAACAAACAAAAAAACACCCCACCUUCCAUCCUGAAUGAAUGAAAUUGUAUUUAUAAUGCUGGCUGUUUAAAAUUAAUGCUUAUAUUUGUCAAAUAAAAUGAAUGUCUGUUAGAGUA